UAGUAUUGCUUGUUGCUGUGCCUGGCAAACUCUGGCCUAACAAAUUUUGAUGGUUGUUACUUAUUCAUUGUUGAUUCUGUAUACUUUUUUACUAACAAAUUGUUCUGAUAGAAUAAUUUUGUUCAAACGUUUUUGAGUUUUACAUUAGUAUUUUUUUUAUGCAAUGCUGUUCUUAAUUCAUAACUAAGAAAAAACAUUGUAAACUAUAUUGAAAAUGGAGGUGUCCAAUAACACCGACGCUGUUAAUCUUGGCGUUGGUGAGGUUGAAGCUGAAAUCGGUGAGGAAUUAAAACAGUUAGAGGAAGGAAAAGACUACGACACUCGAAGUGAAGUAUCGAGUUCGUCUUCGAGUGACUCGAGCACUCCAAGCAUAAGUUCUGUUAGUACAGAAAAGUCGAAACGCACCUCGAAUCGUAAACGUACCAAGUCUGUGAGCCACUCUCCUGUCCAAACAAAACGACGAUGUGUAACAUCUACAACCAACAAAAUAAAGACAUAUGAUUACAUGACUAAACUUAAUUAUUUGUUCAGAGAUACACGAUUCUUUCUUAUAAAAUCGAAUAAUUCUGAAAACAUAACAUUGUCGAAAGCAAAGGGUGUGUGGUCUACAUUACCACAGAAUGAAGCUAAUUUAAACCAAGCAUAUAGAGAAUCAAGAAAUGUUUUGUUAAUAUUUUCAGUAAAAGAAAGUGGCAAAUUUGCUGGUUUUGCAAGACUGGCAAGUGAGUCUCGCAGAGAUGUACCGUCGAUUUCAUGGGUUUUACCACCCGGACUCUCAGCAAAAGUACUAGAUGGUGUUUUUAAAGUUGACUGGAUUUGUAGAAAAGAACUCUCCUUUAGUAGUACUCUUCAUCUCUACAAUCCCUGGAAUGAAGGGAAACCUGUAAAAAUUGGUAGAGAUGGGCAAGAAAUAGAGCCUAAGGUGGCCGAGGAACUCUGUAGGUUAUUUCCUGAAGAUGAAGGUAUUGAAAUGACACCAAUAUUAAGAAAAUCUAAAGAGGCUUCUAAAAAGGCAUAUCUUAAAAGUGGUGGCAGCUACAGAACUUACAGAGCACCAUUGUCUGCUAGAGGAUCAGGUUAUAGAAACCGUAUGGGUUCAUCAGGUAGAAAUAGAAGAAAAAUUUUUACUUCACCCAGAAAUAGAUUAGGCUCUGCCGCCUUUAAGAGAAGAUCCCCUUCACCUUAUAUGAGGGAUCGUUUACCAUCAUGGUUUGCUCGUAGUAGGGAAAGUUACAACAGUGGUGGAUCUGCAGCAGCAGAGGCCUAUGUUGCUGAAUACAUGCGGUCCAUGCACCAUCAACUGCCUCCAUUGCCAUAUGUUCCACCACCUGGUUUCAGUGGUGCUCUUGCAACCUAUGAUGGAUUACCACCACCACCCCCGCCACCACGCUACUAUGACCUACCAGACUAUCCUCGAUCUGUACUGGUUUAUGAUAAAAGGUCAUACGAGCGUUCGGUAGAUGAAUUCUUAUGGCGAACAACAGACCGCUCUAGUGGACGCAGCCGUGAACGAGAUUCUCAUAGAUCUUAUAGAGAUCGAAGAUAAAAAGUAAUUUAACCACCGAUGUAUUAAUUAUUUUAUGAUUGCUAAUAAAAAAAUUGUGUUUGAACUUUGAACUUUAUUGAAUCGUUAAUCUGGUUAAGUGUUGUGAUAAACUUUUUAUAUGGAACAUUUAUGUUACUUCAGGACAAUUGUUUAAAUAAUAAUUGUAUGGAGUUACAGGAAGACAUUUUUGAAUAUUUAUAAGAGUGAGUUAGGAAAAAGUGAGAGAAGGUAAAAAGUUGUGCUGCCACAAUCAUUGAAGAUUCCGCUACAUUACAAAAUUGGCUGACAAAACAAGUUCAUUUAAAAAAAUAUAUGAAAUGAAUAGUAGCAGUAAGAUAUUUAUAAUGUAGUAUUUAACUUAAUGAGAACUCAUUUGUUGUUUUUUAUUAUCUUCAACAGGGCUGUGAUAAUCUGUGAUAUUUUAUUAUAUGAAAUAUUUUUAAUAUAUUUAUAAUAUGAAAAAAAUAUUUAUUACAAAAAAAAAUA